AAUUAUAUGGUUCCAAAAGAGACAACAAAAUUAUAUUUUCGUUUAUAAAUUUCCUUUCAUAUGUGUCUUUGUGUAAUGAACUGUUUAUUAUGGAUUGCAAAUGUAAUACACGCAUUUGCACACAGAUGUAUAUUUUCGAUCAUUAUUCCCUUAUUUGUAUAUCCAAGUUUGUAUAUGAUCAUCGAGAAAUUUUGAAUUGUGCACGCAAUAUAUCCAACCAGAUAUUAGAUUCCCCAUUUCUAUAAACUGCAAAACCUCGACCAGACAAGCAUUCAAUACAGGAAAAAUUUUCGACUCUGACAUCUCCCCUGAUUGAAGACACACUGUUUGGCACGGGUGAAGUGUGUCGCAGUCUGUAUGAUGGAAUGAGAACGUGUUGUAAAGUUCUAACGAGAUACAAAUGGAGUUUAUCAUUUUGUUUCGUGGAUUUAUCAGAAUAAAGAGAAUCUAAUAUUUUCGGUAAGUGCACAUCUCCGAUACCUGUUGAAUAGACGCCCGUAUUUGAUACUUUUUUUUGGCGAUUAUACCUUGUGCAUUGCAUAUUAUGCAUAUGGCAUGCACCUUUAUUUUGCAAGAAUUGAUAUAAAUAAUAUAUUUUAUGCUCAUUGCCUAUUCCAUUCUAUCAGUAUGUAAUUGACAAAUGAUUUAUCCGCAUUUAUUUUAUUAGAAAAUGCAAAUACUUGCAUGCACUUACAAGUAUGCAAGAAAAGCUUUUUUUUUUUUUUUUUUUUUUGCAUUUUUGUCUAACUUAUCUAAACUUCCAGAAUGUUGCAUUAGUAUACAAUCAAUAUUUUGUAAUUUUGAGCAAAGCAUAAUGUUUUAAAAUGUUAUUUUAUUUGUUUCUCAUUCCCUAUAUAUUACUAUCGGAGAUGUGCACUGGUCGAGUCCACCUAGAAAAAUCACUCAGGUGUGACAAUCACAUUUGGGGUAUAUACGGGUAGAGUAAAUUAGGCUACCUGAAAGAAAUAUGGCGGAUAAGAUGAGAAAGGUGUACGUAUUUAUUAAUUCAUGUCAGCUUUAACCCCAGUCACGGAUGUACAUCGUCAGUUAGACAGUCGUAGACGUAUAGUCGGUGGAUAGUGUUGGUCUAAUCAUAGGACGGAUAAAAUUGUUUUUGAGUGGGAAGAAAAUAUGACGGAAGUCUUUGAUUUAUGCUACGGCGGAAAAAGCACCGAGGGAGUGGCUAGAUGCAAAGAAAUUAUGUUGCAGUCUACACAGGCACUUCUUACAGGUGAAGUGGACGAGCUUGAGCUGUUUGACUACGGAUGUCCAAAUGGGCAUCCGGAGGCCAGGCGCCAUUUGGCAGAAUUUUUGACAACUCAGUAUAAAGACAAUGUUGAAAGGGACAGCUUAUUUUUUACGGCUGGUGCAACUCAUGGAAUACACUUGGUAACAACUGUACUGAUGAGUGCAGACACGCCCAUUUUUGUCGAAGAUCCGUCGUUUUUCAAUGCCAUUGGGAUGUUUACAAAGGACUAUUGUUACCCUGUUAUCCCGGUUCCUAUAGACGAGUAUGGGAUAGAUGUGGAUGCCCUAGAGAAGCUGUUACAGGAAACACCUGCUCCUGCGCACGUAAAGAGUCCCUUCCGGCGGAUGUUGUACAUAAUGACUGUUUACCACAACCCCAGGGGAGUCUGUCUACCACCAGAGAAAUGUCGGCGUCUUGUUUCCUUGGCCAGACAGUACGACAUGUUGAUGUUCUGUGAUGACGUCUACAACCUGUUAACGUACACAGAUAAUGGAGUCCCCCCACCUAGACUUCUUUCUUAUGACAACAAGGAAGAUCCGGAUUAUAAAGGCAACACCCUCUCAAAUUCCACCUUUUCCAAAAUGUUCUCUCCUGGUGUACGUGUGGGAUGGAUAGAGACGGGUCCUAGGAUUAUGAAACUUUUGAUUGAUUGUUUUACAACAAUAAGUGGAUACUGUUACAACCACUACAUGUCGUGUGUGAUUGGAAAAGCAUUGGAGCUGGGCCUUAUAGAGUCUAAUCUGUCAAGACUGCGGAGGCUAUACGGGGAGAGAAUCAAAACAGCAUGUCGUCGAUUGCGGGAAAACCAACUUCCUGUGUCAUUUGUUGAACCAAAGGGCGGUUUCUUUGUAUGGCUACAAUUACCAGAAAACAUGAAUGGAAAAGAUCUCUGUGAAAAGGCCAACGCAGCUAAUGUUCUUGUGCAGGAUGGCUCACUGGCGUCACCAACAGGUGGAUGGAAAAACUUUAUUCGCCUUUCUAUUAGUGCAUGUCAGGUGGACAAGAUCGAAAAGGGAAUAGACAAAUUGUCGGAGAUAAUUCACUCAAAUGUAAUUCAAAAAGUGUAAUGCAAAUUUCAAAAGAACUGAAGAUAUAUUCAUGUAAUUUGAGAAAUGUAUGACUAGUGUAACCCUGAUUCAUUCAAUUGUAUUUAUAAAUAAAUUGCAGAUGAAAA